AAUCUGAUUGCGACUCUGAGCCAGGACUGUCCGUUAAAAGAAAACAAAGACGGAGCCGCACUACUUUCACUGCGGAACAAUUAGAGGAAUUAGAACGUGCUUUUGAGAGAACUCACUACCCGGAUAUAUAUACGCGAGAGGAACUAGCACAGAGGACAAAACUGACAGAGGCCCGGGUCCAGGUCUGGUUCAGUAACAGAAGAGCACGAUGGCGGAAACAAAUGGGAAGUAACCAGAUUUCCACUCUGAACAGCCUUCUACAUAUGCCGCAAGGGGGCGCCUCAUCCUACCUUCUUCACGAAUCUGCCCCAAGUUACACUCUACCCUCUGUAUCAGACACCAUCUGGCAUCGGAACACCAUGACUCAUCACCUCCAAAAUAUCACCUCCAUGAAAAACAAUGACAGUGCAUAUGCUGGACUUAUGGAGAAUUAUUUAUCGCACGCUUCACAGAUGCAUGGUAUACCAAAUCCAAACGAUUCACUUUCAAGUAACUGGUGUUCACCCGUGACGUCAUCAGUGUCAGCUCUCGCCUAUCAGUCAUCUUCCAAUCAUUUCAAUCCUCAUGGGUUCAGUGACGUCACCAAAUCAACCCUCCAUCCAUAUAGUGCUCAUAUAGCUUCCGUUUCAAGUGCUGAAAGAUGCUCCAUUGAUGAAAGUCUCGUGGCAUUGAGAAUGAAGUCUCGCGAACAUUCGGCUGCUUUGAGUUUGAUGCAGGUGACAGAUAAUAAAAUGUCGGCGUCUUUCUGAUGUACCAUGACAGUAUCAAGGGACAUAACCUCCGUCCAGUUGUGUAAUAGAUGAAAUCACCCUGCAGCAUAAAACAUUUCCAUCCAUUCUCAUUUCGAGGAAAUUUUAAAGAUAAUUUCCAAAAUGCAUAGCUAUUGUUUACUUUAUCUUUGAUCCUUAUAUUUCGAAUUAUGUGUAUGUACAUGUAUAGCUUAGAAAGUUAGUCUAAUUUUUAUUUCUAUCGGCGAAAUAAAAACAAAUUGCAGAUUUAAGGUUUAUUUUAUUUCAAUAAAGAACCUGGAAUGUUACUCUUAGGAAAAUAAAUGCCA